AUGGGCGACGCGGAGCACUCUGAACUGAACUUUCAUGCUCAAGACUCCACGGUCUCUCAGUUGAACGCGGUGAGAUGGAAAGCAUUUCACGCUCGCCACAGCGAGGUCGAAUUUGUUUGGCUACAGUUCUUACUUUUCGAGGGUUCAAUUCGAAUGAGAAUGAUACCUGUAGCGUAUUUCUCCAGAAUGAUUGACGAGAACCGAAACUUGAGCCUUUCAUCCGCCCAUCUUCAUCUCCUCCGCAAUGACCAUGUUACCGAUGCGGCAGCACCUACUGGCACGAUGUACUUGGCGCCAGAUAUUUCCACUGCAUUUGUCCCCCCUCGCGAUAGUUCACGAGCUCAUAUCCUUGCAAAUAUUGUCAAUCAGAACCAGACUCCACGACCAGAGUGCUUGCGUACGAAGCUGCUAAAUCUAUCCGACUUUUUGUUUCAUCCGCACGGCUUUGACAUUCUAGUCGGGUACGAAGUCGAAGUUAUCUUCUUCAACACAGAAGACAAGGACGGCAAAGAGCCUUUAUCGAGUCACAAGCUAUGUGGGAUGAUAUCUGGUAUGCGGCCUAUAUUGUCUAUGGUGGAAGCGAUUGUGAGGACGUUGAAUGAGGAACAAAUUUUGCUUGAACAAUAUCAUGCAGAGAUGACUCCCGGACAGUGGGAAUUUGUACUCCAACCCCAAAGUCCGCUGGAAGCUGUAGAUACCCUUACAAAAGCCCGUGAAAUUAUCGCCAACAUUGCAAAUGACCAUGGAUACCGCGCAACACUGCAUCCCCGACCAUUCCCUGAGCAUGGCGGUUCAGGGGCACACUUGCACCUCUCCGUGAACUCUUCAACCACUUCAAGCCCUGAAGACACAGACCCAUUCUUUGCGGGAAUUAUCGAUCACUUUCCAUCUUUGAUGGCUUUCUGUCUUCCGCUUGAUAUCUGCUAUGAGAGGGUAGCCACUGGAAUCUGGAGCGGCGGGGAGUACAUUAGUUGGGGCUGGGAGAACAAAGAGACCCCGUUGCGACGAGUCGCCAACAAUCGCUUUGAGCUUAAACUGCACUGUGGCUUGGCCAAUCCAUAUGCUUCUCUGGCCGCCAUCCUCGCUGCAGGCAUUGAUGGUCUGAACAAAGGUCUCCCGCUCACCGGAGGAGACUGUCAAAUCUCCCCGACAUACAUGUCCGAAGAGCAACGGGCCAAGCUCAGCAUCCGUCCAGUUCCUCGAAAUUUGCAGCAAAGCGUUGAACACCUGAUUGAAGAUAGAGGGCUGCAGAAGAUUUUGGGUGAACAAUACACAGCAACAUACAUUAGUGUCGCAACUGAAUGGAAUCGGCAGCUAAACAAUAUGGAUCCCAAAAGUCAGCGAAGGAUACUUCUGGAAAACUACUAG